AGCGCGGCCGCGGCACCAUGUCGGCCGCCGUGCGGCUCAAGAAGCUGGAGCAGCUGCUGCUGGCCGGGCCGCGGCGCCACGAGCGCGCGCUGAGCGUGGAGACGCUGCUGGACGCGCUGCUCUGCCUGUGCGCCGAGUGCAGCCACUCGGCGCUGCGCCGCGACAAGUACGUGGCCGACUUCCUCGAGUGGGCUAAGCCGUUCACACAGCUGGUGAAGGAAAUGCAACUCCAUCGGGAAGACUUUGAAAUCAUUAAAGUGAUUGGAAGGGGCGCAUUUGGAGAGGUUGCCGUUGUCAAAAUGAAGAACACGGAGCGGAUCUACGCAAUGAAGAUCCUCAAUAAGUGGGAGAUGCUGAAGAGAGCUGAGACUGCUUGCUUUCGAGAGGAACGGGAUGUAUUGGUGAACGGGGACUGCCAGUGGAUCACCACGCUGCACUACGCCUUCCAGGAUGAGAACCACUUGUACCUGGUCAUGGAUUACUACGUGGGCGGGGACCUGCUCACUCUGCUCAGCAAGUUUGAGGACAGGCUGCCCGAGGACAUGGCCAGGUUCUACAUCGGUGAGAUGGUACUGGCCAUCGACUCCAUCCACCAGCUGCACUAUGUGCACAGGGACAUCAAGCCAGACAAUGUCCUCCUAGACGUGAAUGGGCACAUUCGCCUGGCUGACUUCGGGUCAUGCCUGAAGAUGAAUGACGAUGGCACUGUCCAGUCCUCAGUGGCAGUGGGCACACCUGACUACAUCUCGCCCGAGAUACUGCAGGCCAUGGAAGACGGCAUGGGAAAGUACGGCCCUGAAUGCGACUGGUGGUCUCUGGGCGUGUGCGUGUACGAGAUGCUGUAUGGGGAGACCCCAUUCUACGCUGAGUCCCUGGUGGAGACCUAUGGCAAGAUCAUGAACCACGAAGAGCGGUUUCAGUUCCCUCCGCAUGUCACCGACGUGUCCGAGGAGGCCAAGGACCUCAUCCAGAGACUCAUCUGCAGUCGGGAACACCGACUGGGCCAGAAUGGCAUCGAGGACUUCAAGAAGCACGCUUUCUUUGAGGGGCUCAACUGGGACCACAUCCGCGAGUUGGAAGCACCCUACAUCCCGGACGUCAGCAGUCCAUCUGACACGUCCAACUUCGACGUGGAUGAUGACGUGCUGCGUAAUGUGGAGAUCCUGCCUCCUGGCUCCCACACUGGCUUUUCUGGAUUGCACCUGCCUUUCAUUGGGUUUACGUUCACGACCGAGAGCUGUUUCUCUGACCGUGGCUCCUUGAAGAACCUGAUGCAGAGCAGCGCACUAAGCAAGGACGAGGGCUUGCAGCGAGACCUGGAACACAGCCUGCAGGCGGAGGCGUAUGAGCGCAGGAUCCGAAGGCUGGAGCAGGAGAAGCUGGAACUGAGCAGGAAGCUGCAAGAGUCUACACAGACUGUUCAGUCCCUUCAUGGUGCCACGCGAGCCCUUGGCACCUCCAUCCGUGACAAGGAGAUCAAGAAGCUGAACGAUGAGAUCGAGCAUCUGAAGAACAAGAUUGCGGAUUCUGGCCGGCUGGAGCGGCAGCUUGAGGACACGGUGACUCUGCGGCAGGAGCACGAAGACUCGACGCAGCGGCUGCGAGGGCUGGAGAAGCAGUACCGUGUGGCACGCCAGGAGAAGGAAGAGCUGCACAAGCAACUGGUUGAAGCUUCAGAGCGAUUGAAAUCUCAGGCCAAGGAGCUCAAAGAUGCCCAGCAGCAGCGGAAGUUGGCCCUGCAGGAGCUCUCGGAGCUCAGCGAGCGCAUGGCCGAGCUCCGCUCCCAGAAGCAGAAAGUGUCCCGGCAGCUCCGAGACAAGGAGGAGGAGAUGGAGGUGACCAUGCAGAAGGUUGACUCUAUGCGGCAGGAGAUGCGUAGGGCUGAGAAGGGCAGGAAAGAGCUGGAAGUGCAGCUUGAGGAUGCCAGGGCUGAGGCCUCCAAGGAACGCAAGCUUCGUGAGCACAGCGAGAACUUCUCCAAGCAAAUAGAAAGUGAGCUUGAGACCCUCAAGGUGAAGCAAGGAGGCCGGGGCCCAGGGGCUAUUCUGGAGCACCAGCAGGAGAUUUCCAAGAUAAAAUCCGAGCUGGAGAAAAAAGUCUUGUUCUAUGAGGAGGAGCUGGUUCGGCGGGAGGCCUCUCAUGCGCUGGAAGUGAAGAACGUGCGAAAGGAGGCACGAGACUCGGAGAGCCAGCAACUGGCCCUGCAGAAGGACAUCCUGGUGCUCCGAGACAAGCUGGAGAAGUGCAAGCGAGAGCGCCACUGUGAAGUGGAGGAGGCCGUGGGGACUGCGAAGGAGAAAUAUGAGCGGGAGCGAGCCGUGCUGUGCGAGGAGAGCAAGAAGCUGGCGGCCGAGAACGAGCGGCUUUGCUCCUUUGUGGACAAGCUCACGGCACAGAACAGGCAGCUGGAGGAUGAGCUGCAGGACCUGGCGACCAAGAAAGAGUCUGUGGCUCACUGGGAGGCACAGAUCGCCGAGAUCAUUCAGUGGGUCAGUGACGAAAAGGAUGCCCGUGGCUACCUCCAGGCUUUGGCCUCCAAGAUGACAGAGGAGCUGGAGACGCUGAGGAGCUCCAGCCUGGGCUCCAGGACGCUGGACCCACUGUGGAAAGUUCGCCGCAGUCAGAAGCUGGACAUGUCUGCCCGCCUCGAGCUGCAGUCGGCGCUGGAGACUGAGAUCCGGGCCAAGCAGCUGGUGCAGGAGGAGCUGCGUAAAAUCAAGGAUGCCAACCUGGCCUUGGAGAGUAAAUUAAAAGAUUCCGAAGCCAAAAAUAGAGGAUUAGUAGAAGAAAUGGAAAUGUUGAAGAAAAAGAUGGAAGAAAGAUUUAGAGCAGAUACAGGACUCAAGCUCCCAGACUUCCAGGACCCGAUCUUCGAGUACUUCAACACAGCACCCCUUGCACACGAUCUGACCUUCAAAACCAGUUCAGCUGGUGAGCAGGAAACAGCGAUCCCCAAGCCAGAGGCUAGCCUGUCAGCAGCUGUGGCUGAGAACCUGGAGCAGCAGGAAGACACGGCCCAAACCCCACAGAGGCCCCCUGCAGGCUCGCUGUCCACGCAGGCCCCAGUGCUGGCUGGGCCAAAGCCCAGAGCGCACCAGUUCAGCAUCAAGACCUUCUCCAGCCCCACCCAGUGUAGCCACUGCACCUCCCUGAUGGUGGGGCUCAUCCGGCAGGGCUACGCCUGUGAGGUAUGCUCAUUUGUGUGCCAUGUGUCCUGCAAAGACAGCGCCCCCCAGGUGUGUCCCAUCCCCCCCGAGCAGUCUAAGCGGCCUCUGGGUGUGGAUGUGCAGCGUGGCAUCGGGACAGCCUACAAGGGCUACGUCAAGAUCCCCAAGCCCACUGGGGUGAAGAAAGGCUGGCAGCGGGCCUAUGCCGUGGUCUGCGACUGCAAACUCUUCUUGUACGACCUUCCUGAGGGCAAAGCCACCCAACCUGGCAUCGUGGCUAGCCAGGUCCUGGACCUCAGAGAUGAAGAGUUCUCAGUGAGCUCAGUGCUGGCGUCAGAUGUCAUCCACGCCACUCGCCGGGACAUUCCAUGCAUCUUCAGGGUAACAGCCUCUCUCCUGGGGACACCUCUGAAGACCAGCUCCCUGCUUGUGCUAACGGAGAAUGAGACGGAGAAGCGGAAGUGGGUGGGCAUCCUGGAAGGGCUCCAGGCCAUCCUGCACAAGAACCAGCUGCGCAGUCAGGCAGUGCUGGCACCGCGGGAAGCCUACGACAGCUCGCUGCCGCUCAUUAAGGCUGCGUUGGCCGCCGCCAUCGUGGAUGGGGACAGGAUCGCCAUCGGCCUGGAGGAAGGGCUCUAUGUCAUCGAAGUCAACCGCGACGUGAUUGUCCGAGCGGCGGACUACAAGAAGGUGCACCAGAUGGCGCUCGCGCCUCGAGAGAAGGUGGCUGCCCUGCUGUGUGGCCGGAACCACCAUGUACACCUAUGUCCCUGGGCCUCCUUAGAGGGCAUUGAGAGCAGCCCUGAUGUCAAGCUGCCGGAGACCAAGGGCUGCCAGCUUAUCACCACCGGGACGCUGCGGAAGGGUUCGGCCACCUGUCUGUUUGUGGCCGUGAAGCGCCUUGUGCUAUGCUACGAACUGCAGAGAACUAAGCCCUUCCACAGGAGGCUCGGCGAGACGGUGGCCCCGGGCCCUGUGCAGUGGAUGGCUGUGCUCAGGGACCGCCUCUGCUUGGGCUUUCCUUCUGGCUUCUGCCUGUGGAGCCCGCAGGGCGACGGGCAGACUGUGAGCCUGGUCAGCCCCGCUGACCCCUCCUUGACCUUCCUGUCACAACAGCCGCUGGAUGCCCUGGGCGCUGCCCAGCUGCAGACGGACGAGUUCCUGCUAUGCUUCAGCCACCUGGGGCUGUACGUGGACUCUCAGGGCCGGCGGUCACGCAUGCAGGAGCUCAUGUGGCCUGCGGUGCCUGUCGCCUGUAGUUGCACCCCGUCCCACGUCAUGGUGUACAGCGAUUACGGUGUGGACGUGUUUGACUCGCGCUCCAUGGAGUGGGUGCAGACCAUCGGCCUGCGGAGGAUCCGGCCCCUGAACCAGGAAGGCAGCCUUAACCUGCUCGGCUGUGAGCCCCCCCGGCUCAUUUACUUCCAGAACAAACUCACAGGGCCAGUGCUCAACGUGCCCGAGACCUCAGACAACAGCAAGAAGCAGAUGCUCCGGACAAGGAGCAAGAGACGCUUUGUGUUCCAGGUGCCCGAGGAGGAAAGGCUGCAGCAGCGCCGGGAAAUGCUCCGCGACCCUGAGCUGCGCUCCAGGAUGAUUUCCAACCCCACCAACUUCAACCAUGUGGCGCACAUGGGCCCGGGUGACGGCAUGCAGGUGCUCAUGGACCUGCCACUGAACUCUGGGCCCCCACCCCAGGAGGAGAGGCUUGGCUUGGCCCGGCAGCCCCCACUCAGGAACAAGCCCUAUGUUUCUUGGCCAUCAGCAGGUGGCUCGGAGCCCGGAGUGGCCGUGCCUCUACGGAGCAUGUCCGACCCAGACCAAGAAUUUGACAGAGAGCCCGACUCGGAUUCUACCAAACACUCAACACGUCCAACAGUUCCAACCCCAGUGGCCCCCCAAGCCCCAACUCCCCGCACCGGGGCCAGCUGCCCCUGGAAGGCCUGGAGCCAGCAGCCUCAGAAGCCUGAAGCUGGGGACCAGCCCGGGAGAUGCAGAGUUGUCAGAGAUGGGAGACUGGACAGGCCGGGAGUGACGCUGCUUGCUGUUGUGGCCCCACCUGCACGACACUCUUUGCACAUGAAGGACCAUGUGGAGCUGCAGGACAAAAUGCCGGUGGCCUGGUUGCCUUCCCAGCCCGCCCUGGGGCCUCGUGUGUCUGUCCUGGUCACCACCAUCUGCUGUGAAGUCACCUGUGCUGUUCCCCACUCACCUCCCUGGCCUCCCCCCGCAUGGAGCCCCGUGGGUGUUGCUGAGACUCCUCCUGCCCAUGGGGGUGGCACCCCCCAGUAGUGAAGAGGAAGUGGGCAUGUGGCCCAGGCCCAUACACAGCCUGCCUGCGGCUGUAGGCUUUACUUUUUAAAGUUAAGUCUGAGUCUUUGUAAUUAUUGAACCACCGUGCGAACGUUUUUUGAACAAGUCCUAUCAAUAAAGCAGAAGGAUCGUUUGAAAGUCA